CCUCACUCUCCUCCGAGAUCUCAUCUCCAAUGGCUCCCUCCUCCUUCUUCCUCUUCCUCUUCACCUUCACCUUCUCAUCUCUCAUCCUCACCACUCUCUCCCGCACCACCCUACUAUCAGACCCCUCCACCACUACCCUCGACGUCGCCGAUUCUCUCUCCCAGGCCCAUGACGUCAUCUCCUUCGACCCCAAAACCCUCGAGCCUCUGGACCUCCAAGAGGCCCAAGAAGCGCCGCUCAACUCCUCCUCGGUUUCGCCGCUUAUCACUCUCCAGCUCCACCCCCGUGAGUCCAUCUCCAACUCCCACCACAGCGACUACAAGUCGUUAGUCCUCUCCCGCCUCGCCCGCGACUCAGCCCGAGUCAACUCGCUCAAUAUUAAGCUCCAGCUCGCGUUGCAGGGAGUGGACCGGGCGGAUCUGGAGCCCAUGCAGACUUCUGAGAUCCGACCCGAGGCCCUGUCCACUCCGGUCACCUCCGGCAUCAGCUUGGGAAGCGGCGAGUAUUUCACGCGCGUCGGCGUCGGCAGCCCGGCGAGGCAGUUCUACAUGGUGCUCGACACCGGGAGUGACGUCAACUGGCUCCAAUGCCAGCCUUGCACCGACUGUUACCAGCAGUCCGACCCGGUUUUCAACCCGACCGGAUCCUCCACCUUCCGCCAGCUCACCUGCGACGCCCCGCAAUGCGCCGCUCUCCACGUCUCCGCCUGCCGCAACGACAAGUGCCUCUACCAGGUCGCCUACGGCGACGGCUCCUACACCGUCGGCGACUUCGUCUCUGAAACUAUGUCGUUCGGGAGCGCGAUCAAGACCGUCGCGCUGGGAUGCGGCCACGAUAACGAGGGACUGUUCGUCGGGGCGGCCGGGCUUCUCGGACUCGGCGGAGGAACUCUCUCGCUUCCCUCGCAAGUUAAGGCCACGUCGAUUUCGUACUGCCUCGUCAACCGCGACUCCAGCGCGUCGUCCACACUCGAGUUCAACUCCCCUGCGCCCGGCGACUCCGUCAUUGCGCCGCUGCUGAAGAACAGGAAGGUCGAUACUUUUUACUACGUCGGGCUCACCGGGUUCAGCGUCGGCGGCCGGCCAGUGUCGAUUCCUCCGUCGAUUUUUCAGAUGGACGAGGCCGGAAACGGCGGAAUCAUCGUUGACUCCGGCACCGCCAUCACUCGGCUGCAGACGGCGGCGUACAACGGUUUACGCGACGCGUUCAAGAGGCUCACUCCGGACUUGCCCUCGGCCGCUAAUUUCGCGCUGUUCGACACGUGUUACAAUCUCGCGGGAAGAACCAGCGUGCGGGUCCCAACGGUGUCGUUUUUGUUUUCAGGAGGAAAAAGCUUGGCUCUCCCCGCCAAAAACUACUUGAUUCCGGUGGAUAAGUCCGGCACUUUCUGCUUCGCCUUCGCUCCGACAUCGUCGGCUCUGUCUAUCAUCGGAAAUGUCCAGCAGCAGGGGACACGUGUCAGCUACGACAUUGCAAACAACCGUGUCGGCUUCUCUCCAAAUAAGUGUUAAAAACUACUGUAGUUAAAGUAAGAACACAGGUGAAAAGUAGUAGGAAUUAAGCUUGGAAUAUGGUUUAGGUCAUAUCUUUUGAAUAGGGUUUGAAAGCUUGGGUCCUAAUAUGUACCUAUUUAUUCCUCAUAAACUGAAAUGAAGAAGGUACAUUUAUUAUUUA